AACCAUAUCUUUAGUUUUACUCAUGUUCCAUUUUAUACAUAUCUCCAUUUGUUGUGGUGGCUAAAUAUCAAAAAUAGGGUUGUAGCCAGGGUUGUUCCCUGCCCUGGCACAAGACUAGACAAAACAAAAAAAGGGUGUUCAAGAAAAAUAAUGUACAAAUUUUGAUUGUACAAAUUUUGUGAUUUAAGAGGGAAAAAAUCUUUUUGUUGUCGUUAUUGUUGUUGUUGUUGAACAUUAGAAAGGAAAAAAUGGCAGAUCCAGAGCCAUUGAUUGAUGUUGGAAAAUUAAAUGAAAAAGUUCUAUGUUAUGCACAAACAAUUUAUAGAUUUAAUGGAGUUUGGGAAGGACCAGAUCCUUUGACACCAAUUAUCCCUCUUUUCUUUAUUCAAGUUUCAUUAGCUAUCUUGAUCACUCGUUUUGUCACCUUUGUCUUAAAACCCACCAGGCAACCUCCUUUUGUUGCUGAGAUUAUUAGUGGCAUACUUUUAGGUCCUACAGCACUUGGAAGGAUCAUGAGGUUCAGGAGGCUGCUUUUCCCAAACUACAACUUCCAUGUUAUUGAGACAAUGGCUCAUGUAGCCCUUGUGUUCUAUGGGUUUCUAGUGGGAUUGCAGAUGGAUAUGAAAUCUGUUCUUCGAAUUGGAAUAAAGGCUAGAAAUGUUGCUAUUAUCGGUAUCAUCAUCCCUUUUGUCAUGGGAACAAUAUUAUAUUUCUCACUUACUCGCGAUGAAGAAGUUAGAGGCUUCAUUUUCUAUGGUGGUGCUCUUACUAUAACAGGGUUCUCUGUCCUGUCUAAGAUACUUGAUAAACAAAAGAUCCUCCAAACUGACAUAGGGAAAAUGGCUAUGUCUUCAGCUGUAAUCAAUGAUAUUGGUGCAUGGUUUAUUCUUACACUAGGAUAUGUUGUUACAGGGAGUACAGCUAAUAUACAUUGGGCUUUAAUUUGCACGAUUGCUUACGCCUUGUUCUGUGUCUUUUAUCUCCGUCGUGCCAUGGGCUGGAUCAUUAGAAAAAUGCCAGAAGGACAAGGGUAUAGUGAGUUCUUUAUAUGUUCAAUCCUUGCUGGAAUGGCUAUUUCUGGAGUUAUAACUGAUGCUUUAGGGACACAUCCUAUUAUUGGAGCUUUUCUCUUUGGACUUAGUAUACCUAACCAAGUGCUUCAAGCAGAAAUUAUCGAUAAGCUUGAUGACUUUGUGACGGGCAUUUUUAUGCCAACUUUCUUUGUUGUUUGUGGACUCAGAACCAAUUUCGGACAAAUGGGCAGCAUUUACGAAAUUGUUGGCUACAUACUUUUAUUUGUUUCAGCCAAAAUCUUGAGCUCAAUAGCUGCCACUUUCUUCUCUGAAAUGACUAUUAAGGAGGCCCUGGCUGUUGGAGUACUUAGCAACACCAAAAGUAUCAUGGCCUUGAUCAUUAUCGAAGCUGGUCAGGCACAACAGGUUUUGAGCACACAAUUGUACUCCCUUAUGGUGGCUGGCAUUUUGGUGAUGACGGCGACAGUCACACCUAUGACUAUGCUCCACCGUCCCUCGCAGGAAAUUGCUCCCCAUAAACGAAGGACUAUACAGAAGGCAAGAAUGGAGGAGGAGCUUCGGGUCCUUGCUUGCAUCCAUGGCACACAUGACAUCCCUUCAGUCAUCAACCUUCUUGGCUCGUCACAUUCUACAUCAGCAUCCCCAAUAACUGUCUUUGCUCUCCAAGUAGUAGAAUUAGUCGGGCGUGGAUCAUCUAUGCUAGAAGUACACAACUCAGGGAAACGAGGCUCACGAAGUCUUGGACACGAGGAGACACAAACAAGACAGAUCAUCACUGCUUUCGACAACUAUGAGCUACGAUCAGAUGGAGUGAUGGUACAAGUACUCACAGCAAGGUCUGCUUUGUCCACCAUGGAUGAAGAUAUGUGCAACAUUGCCAAAGACAAGCGUGUAGCUUUCAUCAUUCUACCUUUUCACAAACAACGAGGUAUCGAGGGUGAAAUGGAGGAUGUCAACCCUGAAAUUCGGGCUGUCAACGAAGGUGUGCUAGCUAAUGCCCCUUGUUCUGUGGGAAUCCUCAUCGAUCGUGGCCUCUCUGAGAUCAGUGACUAUGCAAAAAAUAUCGUUGUCCUCUUUUUUGGAGGUGCUGAUGACAGGGAAGCUCUGGCUUACGCUUUGAGAAUGGUUGAUCGUCCAGAUACACGGCUAACUGUUGUAAAGUUCAUUCCAGACGAAGGCGCUUCUGAUAUAGAGCAAACAGAAUUUGCUGAUGAAAGUCAUGUGAAUGUCCAGAUUGACAAAGAGAGUGAAAAAUUGAUGGACGACGAGUUCUUAAACAGGUUCAAGAUCAGCACAGCCAAUGACAAAUCAGUAACAUACAUAGAACUGUUGCUGAAUGAUGUGGAAGAAGCUGUCAAGGCCAUAAAACUAAUGGAUCAGCAUAACUAUGAUCUCUACAUCGUAGGAAAAGGCCGAGGCGUGGUGUCACCACUAACGGCUGGCCUAGUCGAUUGGUGUGACUGUCCUGAGCUCGGGGCUAUUGGUGAUCUUUUAGUGACAUCAGAAUUCGACUCCACAUUCUCCGUGCUGGUGAUGCAACAGUAUGUUAAGCCAAUUGGAGAUGGUUCAGUAAAUUCUUAUGGAUCAAUGAGUGAGAGGAUAGCAGGCAUUGGGAUGGACAUGGACUUGGACAUGCAACGCGCGGAUAGUGAAUCAGGGGAUGUGUUCUCCAGUUUUAGAAGGCGAACGGAACAUAUGCCACGAGUCUAAACAACACAAAGUCUUAGCUUAGGCUGAUGACAAACACUUAAAAGGUUGUAACUUCACAUUCAAAAG